AUGUUAAAUCUAAAAAAGAGAUAUUAUCCAUUUUCGUGGUUAUUAGGAAUUCUGCUUAUUCUUUCAAUUUUUUAUGAAGAAUAUGAAAGUCUUUCUUACACAUCAUAAAUGAUUGUAUUACUCUUAAAAUCCAAAUAUGAGGGAUUUAGAUUGAAUAUUUUCUUUUAUGCUUUAAGUUUACUAUUAGAUGUGUGUAGAUUUAAGAUACUAAGUCUAAUAGCUUUAAUUCUAUAUUUAUAUUUGACACACAAGUUAAACAAUUAUUACUUGCCAGAUGGAGGAAGUCCUGUAGGUCAUUUAUAUUUAAAGGGAGGCUUACUUAAUCAGUAUAAACAUAUACCAGAAAUGGCAAUAUAUUAUCCAGCAUGUUAAGAAGAUUGUAAAAAGCGUAAAAAAGGAUUCAAAUGGUUAAAAGUAAAGGAUUAUGCAAAAAAAAUGGAUGAUACUGCAAAAAAGGAUGUGCGAAGAAAGAGAAGAAUUCCCUAUCUAUUUUUUAAGAUAGUAGUUUCACAAUUUUAUAAGUUUAUGAUAAAUGUAUAUGAGAAUGCAUAAAUUGAUAUAAAUUUUGCAGAGACUACUGUUGAUCUUGCUAAAUUUUCGGUCAUUGUAUUGAGUCAUGGAUUAGCAUCUCAUUGUGAUGGUUAUUCAGUAGUGGCAAGAUAUUUGGCAUAAUAAGGUCAUAUAGUAUUUGUUCCAGAACAUAUAGAGAAUAUUCGCAAUAUUUACCAAACUAAUGAGGAAAAUAGAGAAUAUAGAAAAUUACAAUUAUAAGAUAGGUAAUAAAGAAUUGUAAAAUUAGAAUCAAUACAAUAAAACAAGUUUUAGAUAUAAUUUAUGAUGAUAAAUAAUUUUCAAAUCUAUUCUAACAUCCUGAGAAAAAGAUACAACCAGAUUUUGAUUAGAUUUCAAUUAUUGGUCAUUCAUUUGGAGGAUCAACUGCAUAUGCCAUAGCUCAAACUGAGUAGAGAAUAACAGGAGCUUGCAUUCUAUAUGAUCCUGUAUUCAUAUAAUUGUUUAUAGGUUUUUAGUGCUUAUACAUUUUUGAUUUUGAAGAAAAGAUUAAAUUACAUAUUCCAUUAAUGAGUAUUAAUGCUGAUGAUUUUUAUAGAAGAUUAUAUUCAUUUAUGGAGAAUGAUGAAAGAUUAGAAAAGGCAUUUUAAUUGAUUGAUGUAUAUAUUAAUUGUAUUAAAGGGUCCGAUUUCUGAUCAUUGUGCAAAUAUUUAUAUAAAAGAUUAAUAACAUGCAGAUUUUUCUGAUAUCCCUAUUAUUUGGAAUGGAGAAAGUGGUCUUUAUAGUAUAUCUAAAAAUGUUCAUGAAGUCCAUUUAAGAUUUGGAAUGAUUUUAUUACUGACUAAAAUCUUUUUAGAGGAAUCAAAAUAAUAUCAUAAAAUUAAACAUGAUAAGGUGAAUUAAGAUGGCAAUGAACAAUUAAAAUCUAAAAUUCUAAGUGAAAUAGAAAAGAAUUUUGAUGUUUAAAGUAAGAAAUUGUUAAGAUGGAAUGCUCUUCCAGAAAAAUGA